AUGUCACCAAGAACGGAAAGUUGCACGAUGUGUGGUACACAGGAAACAACCAAAUGGCACAUUCUGGGCCAGAAAUCCCUUUGUGAUGAUUGUCACGAUGUUCAGAUUAAUCCUCCAUAUGAACCGCCUAAUGAAGGGUCCCCCGAAAGGUUGACUACGGAAAUCAAACCAGAGCAGGAGCAUCAAGAACAGACGCACGAUGAAUAUAUGGCAAUAGCGAAUGAUACGCUCCCCUGCACUCCGAAGAAAAUGGAAGCAAAGAAACCACACUCCGGCGACGAAAAUGUAGACGUAGAGCUGGGUGCAGAUGAGCAGGACGAAAUGCAUGAAAACCUCCAAGCCCUUAGCAUGUUUUCACCACGGCGCUUGCGACAUCGUGUUUGCCCAGUUCGUGAACCGGUACGGCGUGGAUCGAAAAAGAAUGGCAGCCGUGCCUGCCAAGGUUCGCGUUCCAAAUCGAGACGAACGUUCAUGAAAAAGGUGCCAAUUAAAUCGCCCCAGGAAAUAGCAUCGACCAAAACCGUUUCGAAGGUGCAGGACGACAACACCUGGUACCAGCUGGGAGACAUUGUUUCGAUAGUAGAUACACAGGAUAACACGUAUUACGCUCAAAUACGUGGCCUGCUGGUUGACGCAUAUAAUGAGAAAAGUGCAGUUAUAACAUGGUUACUUCCUACCACGGCCAGCCCACCACCGAACGAAGCAUUUGAUCCGGCAACCUAUCUGGCAGGACCGGAUGAGGAUUUACCGCGACGGCUUACGUACAUGAAUUUUGUCAUGCACGCUCCGAGCAAUUACUACUCGGAUCGUAACAAUCCUUACCCGCGUCCGGAACGAUUUGGGCCAUCGAACACAACCCAGUCCGAUAACCGCAAUUAUGUGUGGGCCAGCAUCAGUCGUAACAGAUGA